AUGCAAAAAAUGAAAUGUGGGAAUGAAAAGCGGGUUCUCGAAAUUUUACCUAUUUUUAUUUUUAAGGUCGGUAUUGAUCGAAUUGUUGAUUUGAAAUUUGGAGAAGAGGAACGAAGUUGUCAUGUAAUUGUUGAACUAUAUGAUAGAGGAAAUGUUGUCCUAACAGACCAUGAAUAUACAAUUUUGAAUAUAUUAAGGCCGAGAACUGAUCAUGAUACAGAUGUUCGAUUUUCUGUUAGGGAAAGGUAUCCUCUUGAACAAGCGAGACAAUCUUCACAAUUCAGACCAACAGAUGAAAAUAUUUUGCUUUUGUUGGAAGGGAAGAAGGGUGAUUCACUUAAAAAAUCGUUGGUUUGUAAUGUUCCUUUUGGAGCACUUCUUCUCGAUCAUGUUUUUAUAAAGAUUGGUGUUCCUUUGGCGGCACAGAUUGGUACUGAUAUUCCAGUAAAUGAUGAGGGCGUUAAAAUAAUUGCUAAGAUUUUGGAAGAGGCACAAAAGGUGGCUGAUGAUAUUACAUCCUCAUCACAUGGGGGAUUUAUUGCAUAUGAGGAAAAGGAAGGCGAAGAAGGCACUCCAAUCCAGUUAUUUAAGGAAUACUUCCCUUAUGAUUUUAUCCAAUUUCGCGAUAAAUCUCUUAAUAAUUUGCAUAUUCUUGAAACAAAAACAUUUAGUGAAGCAAUUGACAAAUAUUAUUGGACAAAUGAAGCACGAAAAAGCAAACAGCAGGAUGGGGGAAAUAUAAAACGUGACCAUCAAAAAAGAAUACAAUCAUUGAAUGAAAUAAAAGAAAUUCAGAAAAGACGAGGAGAAUUUAUUAUUUACAGUAAAGAUUUAGUGGAACAAGCACUUUUGAUUGUUAGAACAGCUUUAGAUAAUCUCAAAAAAGUCAACAAAUCAUUAGCCGCAAACAAUCGAGGACCUAAAUUAGUUCCAAAAACGGGAGUUGGUUUGUGGUUAGAGGAACUAGCAAAUAUGGGAGAACAGCCUGCAGCAAGAUUGAUAUGCAAAUUGAAGUUAGAAACAAAUCGAUUUACAAUGCGCCUUGCGAAUCCAUAUGAUGAAUCAGAUAAAGAAUUAAACGUGGAAUUGGAUUUAUCUUUAAAUGCAGAACAAAAUGCCCGACGUCAAUUCGAAGAGAAGAGAGCAGCCGAACAGAAAAAAGAAAAAACAGAAGCUGCUACAAAUAAAGCAUUAAAAUCAGCAGUUAAAUCAGCCAAAUUAAAAGCUGAUAUUAAAUCUACACAGUUUGUAAGCUCCGAUGGUUUUUUGAUUUUGGCUGGUCGUGAUGCUCAACAAAAUGAAUUGUUAGUUAAGCGUUAUAUGCGACCAGGAGAUAUUUAUGUUCAUGCAGAAAUACAGUAUUUUUAA